AUGUGUGUAAAGCUGAAUCCCCACGCCAUUGAGUGGCGGCCGAGCCCUCCGCUCCCUCCACCGCUUCCUCCCCUUCCCCACGCCCUCUUCACAUACCCUCCGCCGCAAUAUUAUGUGACCUUCCCUUCCCCCAUCUACCUACAAAACCACCCCAUUUCCCAUCACCACCACCACACACCCAAAAAGACACUAAAGAAUCGUCUCCCACCGCGCCUCCUUAAGGCUAAAGCUAAGCCACCGCCUCCGCCUCCGCCUCCGAAGCUAAAUUGGAGGCCAAAGAACGCGCCACCACUGCCCACUUUAAAGGCUUCCCCAGCUGCCGAUGCGUCUUCUAAAACGACUCUCAUGAUCAAGAACAUACCCAAUCAGCUCAGGAAGCUGGGAAACUUGGGCUACGCUUUCGUUAAUUUCACAAAUGCGGAGGCCACGGUGAAAAUGAAGAAGCUUCUCUCCGGCUUCAAAUGGCGGGAAUAUUACACCGAAGAUGGUGAAACUGUGUGUAGCCGCAAAGUUUGUGAGAUCAAGUGGGCUAGGCUUCAGGGGAAAGAAGCGCUGAUUAGAAGGUUCGAGAAGUCGACCUUCGUGUGCAAUGAUGAGGAGUUUUUGCCGGUGGUUCUGGAGCCGCCGCGCGAUGGAUCGGAGCGGAACCCGGCGGCGCCGGUGAAUGUGGGCAGAAUCUGCCGCGGAUCUUAUUAAAAUGUUGGUUUUAUUAUAGAAUGGCAGUGUUUUCAAUGUCUCCCUAGCGGUUUGGUAUGAGUAGAAGCUUGGGUGAUUUGGAAACAUAUGUUACAUUAUUUUAUGUUUUAGCUAUGUAACCUCUUUCAUUAUCAAUCCUAUUGUUAA